AAAGUCCCGCUCGUUACAGCAAUAAGGAGUUAAAAGGAAUGCUGGUUUGGUCCCCCAACCACUGUGUUUCGGACGCUAAAUUGGACAAAUACAUCGCCAUGGCCAAGGAAAAGCACGGCUACAACAUUGAACAGGCUUUGGGAAUGCUACUGUGGCAUAAACAUGAUGUGGAGAAGUCGCUGGCCGAUUUAGCCAAUUUCACGCCGUUCCCCGAUGAAUGGACGGUGGAGGACAAAGUCCUGUUCGAACAAGCCUUCAGCUUCCACGGCAAAAGUUUUGCUCGCAUCCAGCAGAUG